AUGUUCUCUGAAUAUGCCUCCCGUUUCCUGGCUCAAUCACAGUCACGAUUAGGCAUCCAGCCCGACGAGACGAAUAGAAGGGGCUAUGGCUAUCUCAUGCCUCGUCCAGUAGCCUCUCGUUUCUCUUCGCAUUCCUUCUUACAUCAAGGGAACCCCGACCCUUAUCAACCGACUGCAUCCCAGGCUUCCAACUUCCAUUUUAGCUCUCGCAAAAUAAUACAACCAGCACCACUGUUUCACAGUGCAACCGAUGAUUUCAGAGAGGAGGAUGAUGAAGCUGAGCACGAGCGUGAAAUAGCAGAUUUCUAUGCCUUGCAGAAGUCGAGGCGGCAUUUUGGCAGCAGCGACUUGAGAGAAUCUUCGGAGGUCGAUGAAGAUGAUGACCAAAACUCCUCUUUAGGUGGAAAUGAUGCUCUACCUAAUAAUACAUCUGGCAAAUUUGCGGUUAACGAUGCUCGUUGGACCAGAAGAACAUCGGGGUAUGGGACGCGGAGUGUGGCUGUUUCGCCUCCGGCCAAGGCAAUUGGAAACAGAGACGGGGGCCAAAAGAAUAACCAGACCAAAGAGGAACUGAUCGAUAUACGGCUUGAGGAUACCUUGAAAUCCGUUGCUGAUACUCAUGAGACCGUCGAUUUUGAUGAUGAACCUCCCCCUUCGGUGCAACGAUUUCGAGAGCAGCCGCAAUCGGCCAAGGGUCGUUUCGGGAUAGAUACUUAUUUUACACCAACAGGAAACCAAAAUGGAAUACUAGUAGACGGCCAUCGACCCACAAGCCCAGCCGAACCGCACCAAACGUCAAUCACACCGACCAGUGUUGAAUCCCCCGCUCAAGAUCUAUUCUGGGGAAAUCUUUUCUUAAUAUCCUUGGCUUGUCUUUUUGCUACGUCUUUCCUCAUCUACCUCCAUACAUCUGCUCCUUCCGGAGACAAGUCAAGAUGGGGGGAUACGGUGUAUUUGACCAUCCACGGCUCGUUCAAACUUCUUGGGAGUUAUACCGUCGUUUCGGUGCUCGUAUCAUUGCUCUGGCUUGCCUUCUUACGUUCCUACGUUAGGCAACUGGUUUAUGUGGUUAUAUUCGCCGUUCCUGCUAUCCUAUAUUCAUUCUCACUCUAUCCAUUUGUCUCGAGUUUCAAAGGUGCGUGGGGCGGAACUAGCCUACAGGACAAGGUCAUGAGAUGUGGGUCUAUCGUUCCCUUCAUCAUGGCUAGCGUGUGGAUCUACAAUGUUGUUCGAGGCCGCCAUGUUAUAGGUAAGGCCGCUGGGAUUCUGGAGCUUGCAUGUCGGAUCCUCACUGCAAAUGCCGAACUUUUAAGCCUGGGGCUUGGUGUUCUUGUUCUCAUAGUCUCCUGGACUUGGGUGUGGAUCCUCAUGUUCACCAGAGUGUUUCUCGGUGGACAUUUGUCUGGUUCGAAGUCAUUUGUCGUCAACCUUAGCAGUUGGUGGCUGGCAAUAUAUUUUGUUGCUGUGUACAUAUGGUCACUGGGAGUCAUUGCCGGUAUGCAGCGUGCAGUGACCGCCGCAACAGUGAGCCAGUGGUAUUUCCAUCGCCUUGCGGCACCCGCCCCGGCUUCUCGACAAAUAGUCCAAGCAGCCCUCGGGCACACACUCUCGAAACUGUUUGGUACGAUUUGCUUUUCCAGACUGAUGACGCUAUUGAUCCGACUCCCCUUUUUGCUGCUUCCGAGACGCGUGAACUCAAUUCUGAGCUUAUUUGCGUUUUCACUUGUUCCCACCCCCAUUACCGCUCUCAUAGACCCUCUUGUCAUAACUUACGCCGCAAUCCAUUCUCAACCACUUACUGUGUCGGCUCGUGGUCUCACGCAAAUGACAAACAUAUCAGCUUCAUUGGCUACGUCGCCACUACAUCCCCAGUCUUUUGCUUGGUCUCGGGGAGGUGUUUCACCUCUGCUUGCUUAUCGACUUUCAAAACUCAUCCUUCACGCUGCACGUUUCAUGAUGUCCCUUGCACUUGGGUUUGGGGGCUGGGUGACUACUGCGCGAAGCCUUGCCGUGUCCGGAGCUGGCGGCGCAGGCCACAGUGGCAGUAUGUAUGCGUACGUGGUCGGGCUAAUUGCUGGAACAAUUGGCUGGAGCAUCCUUGGUGCUAUAGAGGGCGUGAUUGCAGAUAUUGUAGAUGCCCUGGUUAUCUGCUGGUGCAGUGAAGUCGGAACCUACAAUCGGGAAGCAAGGUAUUGUCGAGAAGCGGGUUGGCUAUUCGGCGCACAGUCCCCCGAGGAGAGACCUGGCUUUAAUCAAGCUGAGGCCUGA